AUGAGAACGCGUUAGUCACGUCUGCCACAACUUUGAUUAUAUAAGCAGAACAAGAAAGCUUUUCUAUUACGCUUGUUGUAGACUGAAGCUGAUCCCUGGAGAUAAGUUCAACAUGACAUUGUUGUGGAUUUGGGCAGCUUUGCUUGUGGUAGCACAAGUUGAGGAAUCAUCUGCAGCUCCCACAGAUUCUACAGAUGACAUCUGUUACACACGCAACACAACGAACGGAAAGUGCUGUGUGUUUCCAUUCACUUACAGAGGCGUGGAUUACUAUGAGUGCACAACGAAAGAUUUUGGGAGAGAAUGGUGUUCUUUAAAUGAUGUCUAUGAAACUCGCAGGCAAUGGGGAUUUUGUGCAAACGAGACAAUGAAGCCUGUCUUUGACACCAUUCUUGAAGCAACAGGAGAAAAUGGCAGGUCCAGAGAUGGAAAAGAUGCUUUGUUUCAAGGUGACAUAAUCAUGACCCGAGAAAUACGUGACAGCCUCAACAGCCGCGGGAUCCUGGUGCCUCCCAAGAGGAUGGCAAAACCUCAGAGCAGACGAAAGAGGGCGAUCAUGAGGGUGUCUGGAGGCAGCGACCUUCGAUGGCUUGUUGGUAGUAGUGGAAAGCGAGAAGUCCCCUAUUAUAUUACAAGCUCGAACCAUAAUGUGCGUGGAGUUAUCCUGCGUGCUAUGAAGCACUGGGAGGAAAGAGUGCCUUGCCUAAAAUUCGUACAGAGGAGCAGGGAGAGUCGUUACCUUAGUUUCUUCUCCGGUGGAGGAUGUUAUUCUAUGGUAGGCCGACAGCCUGGCUCGGGGCCUCAGAAAAUCUCCAUUGGAAAUGGUUGUGGUUAUCUGGGUGUAGUAGUGCACGAGAUAGGACAUGCCCUCGGAUUCUGGCACGAACAAUCCCGUCCUGACAGAGACUCUUAUGUGACAAUUAACUGGCAAAACAUCCAAACGGGUAUGGCGUACAACUUUCAUAAAUAUGGAACCAAUCGGGUAGACAGUCGGGGUGUCUCGUAUGAUUACGACAGUGUUAUGCACUAUUCCUCCACGGCCUUCGCUAACCGCAGGGGAGUAAGAACUAUCGUCGGCAAGAACGGCCGCACUAACCUUGGUCAGCGGUAUGGGUUGAGUAGGUUAGACGUUGAGCAAGCCAAGAUGUUGUACUGUGGUCAGCGACCCAAGCCACAAACACCUCCGCCACCAGGUUGUUCUCCUGAUCGUCACGAUUGGUGCCCAUAUUGGGCCAGUGAAGGAUACUGCACUGAUCCACGAUAUUCCACAUACAUGAAUACAGACUGUCAGACGAGCUGCAAGAGGGGGUGCCAAAAACCUCCCAUCUGCAAAGACGAACACAAAUAUUGCGCAAGUUGGAUGAAAGAACCUGGAGAUUAUUGCAAGAAGUACGAAUCAUACAUGAAAAUUUACUGCAAGAAGAGCUGUGGAAAAUGUUAAUUGAUACAAAUUUUAUUCCCAUUUCUCAUAAUCGAUCGAUGAUUAAAAUUAAUGAUUGAGUGGCAUUUCGAAAUAAAACCUUGGUGUUAAAAAAAAAAUUAUUUUAAAAAGAAUAAGAGUUAUGGACGUUUUUGAUCAUAGUUAAUGAUUUCACUUCAAUUUCCUACGAGCAUCAUCUUGGAAUUUGCAAGUCGAUAUUUUUCCACGAAUAAAAUCAUCUUGUUUUAGCAGUGUUGAUUGAUAAUAGUGUUUUUUUGGUGGCUUUUUUUUUUAUUUUCACAAAAUGCGUAAUUCCAAGACAGGGUAUUUCGUGGUUAAUAUAUUAUGAUAUUAUGAGUUAAAUUUGUCAUUAAGAAAAAUAAACGCUGAUUUGCAAUUCACCUUUUGGGCUUUAGACUUCACGUGUAGUAUCACGUGACUUUUGAUGUAAACAAACCCUGAAAGUUCGGACAUUGAGUCGAGCUCGCAGCACAUGUGUCCGAACUUCGGCUUUGGAAAUUUUUCUUAAAUAACUUCCCACUUUCAAGAAGCGUCUCUUCGCUCUAAAUUGAUAUCGUUCUUUCGUCAUUUAUCUGAUCAUUUUUAAGCAAGUUGUCAUUUCGCUGCCGUUGAAGCAGAUAUGAAGAAUGUUACAGGAAGCGUUGCGGCAUGGAAUAAUCGAACUAGUUCUGCGUACAGUGAUGUAUCUGAUCAGGUAUUUUCAGGGUGUUUAGUGCGUAGAUUGUCAGAUAAAUCCCCGUCCGACAGGAAAUUAGUGCCCACGAAUCGCUGUAGAACGUGAGGAGGCCUUGAUUCCCAA